CGCGAGGGAGCGCGGGAAAUCCUGGGUACGCUGGAGUCGUGCGGGCUGCUGGGACCAUGGCCACCUCUUCGGUGUCCAAGGGUUGUUUUGUAUUUAAGCCGAACUUAAAGAAAAGAAAGAUUUCUGUGCCAGUAGAGGACUAUUUUAAUAAAGGGAAAAAUGAGUCUGAGGAUGACAGUAAGCUUCGAUUUGAAACUUAUCAGUUGAUAUGGCAGCAGAUGAAAUCUGAAACUGAGCAACUACAAGAGGAAUUAAAUAAAAACCUGUUUGACAGUCUAAUCGAAUUUCUACAAAAGUCUCAUUCUGGAUUCCAGAAGAAUUCAAGAGACUGGGGCUGUCAAGUAAAACUCAGAGAAAUUCCAACUGCCGCUCUUAUUCUAGGUGUGAAUGUAACAGAUCAUGAUUUAACAUUCAGAAGUUUGACAGAAGCCCUUCAGAAUAAUGUCACUCCAUAUGUAGUCUCAUUGCGAGCUAAAGAUUGUCCAGAUAUGAAACAUUUUUUGCAAAAGCUGGACUCACAGUUGAUGGACUGCUGUGUACAUGUGGAAUCCAAAGAGAAGGAAAGUAUUCAGGUCACCCAGAAAAAGACACAUUGUUCAAUGGAUUCUCUUAGCAGCUGGUAUAUGAAUGUGACACAGACAGACCCAAAAAUGCCACGGAAAAAGAGAACUUGUGGCCAAUGGAAGUCUCCUCCUGUUGUGCUUAUCUUAAAGGAUAUGGAAAGCUUCACCACAAAAGUACUUCAAGACUUCAUAAUUAUCAGCAGUCAACAUCUACAUGAAUUUCCACUAAUACUCAUUUUUGGAAUUGCCACAUCUCCUAUUAUCAUCCGUCGGUUGCUUCCUCAUGCAGUAUCAUCUCUAUUGUGUAUAGAACUAUUCCAAUCUUUGUCUUGUAAGGAGCACCUGACCACAAUACUUGAUAAGCUACUUCUUACAACUCAAUUUCCCUUUAAACUAAGUGAUAAAGUAUUACAGAUUCUGACCAGUAUCUUUUUGUAUCAUGAUUUCUCAAUUCAGAACUUUAUAAAAGGACUAAAGCUUUCUCUAUUAGAGCAUUUCCAUUCCCAACCCCUCAGUGUUCUGUGCUGUAGUCUCCCAGAAGCCAAAAGAAGGAUAAAUUUUUUAUCAGAUAAUCAAUGUGAAAACAUCCGGCGUCUUCCAUCAUUUAGGAGGUACGUGGAAGACCAAGCUUCAGAAAAGCAAGUUGCACUAUUGACCAAUGAAAGAUUUUUGAAGGAGGAAACAAAAGUGUUACUAGAAAACCUGCAUGGUUACCAUACAAAUUACUUCGUGGUUUUGAGAUGUCUUCAUCAGUUCACCUCUUCUCUUCCCAAGUACCCAUUGGGUCGACAGAUCAGAGAGCUGUAUUGCACAUGUUUAGAAAAGAACAUUUGGGAUUCAGAAGAGUAUGCCUCGGCCUUGCAGCUGUUGAGGAUGUUGGCAAAAGAAGAACUGAUGACCAUAUUACAGAAAUGUCUCAAGGUUUUUAAGUCCUCUUCCGAAAAGCAGCUUGGCAGCACAGCAAAGAGAAUAGAGGAGUUCCUGGCCCAGUUUCAGAGCCUUGAUGCAGAAGCCAAAGAGGAAGAAGAUACUUCUGGGUCACAGUCCAAGGGGCUUCAGAAGACAGACCUCUACCAUCUCCAGAAGUCCUUACUGGAAAUGAAGGAGUUAAGAAGAACAAGCAAGCAGCAGACCAAGUUUGAAGUACUCAGAGAAAAAGUUGUGAACUUUAUUGACAGCCUGGUGAGAGAAUACCUUCUGCCUCCAGAGGCUCAGCCCCUGCACGAGGUGGUGUACUUCAGUGCCGCCCCCGCCCUUCGUGAGCACCUGAACGCGGCACCCCGAGUUGCCCUCCACACUGCACUCAACAAUCCUUACUAUUAUCUCAAGAAUGAAGCACUGAAAAGCGAAGAAGGCUGCAUUCCAAAUGUUGCCCCCGACAUCUGCAUCGCAUAUAAGCUGCACCUGGAGUACAGCAGGCUGAUCAACCUUGUGGACUGGGCAGAGGCUUUUGCAACAGUUGUGACAGCUGCUGAAAAAAUGGAUGCAAAUUCUAUAACCUCUGAGGAAAGGAAUGAGAUCAUCCAUGCUCGGUUUAUUAGAGCUGUUUCUGAACUAGAACUUCUGGGAUUUAUAAAACCUACCCAACGGAAGACUGACCAUGUGGCCAGGCUAACAUGGGGAGGCUGCUAGAAGGCACAUGAAUGAGGCCAGAAGAAUCACAUUUAGCUUAAGAGAAAAAGGAGACCUGUCAGAUUUACAUGCCACUGGAGGAAGACUGUUUUGGCAAGAUAAAUGAUCAUUCUUGUGCGAUGUUUAACCAGAGGGCAGACUGCUGAUCCCAGCCAGGGCUGCAUCCGAGCACCUGUGCAGUGCUUCAGAUGCUUCAGCGCACUUGCAUGGUAACUAAAACCUGCCUCAUGUUAUCACUGUAAUUUUCAUUGUCAUUACUAAACACUGAAUAAAUUGUUCUUGAACAUAGUG